AUGUCAAUUAGUAAGGUUAUUGUAAUUACUGGGACAAAUAGUAAUUUAGGGUUAAACAUCGCAUAUCGUUUUAUUGAUAAUACACCAAAGGAUGCUCGACUCACCUUCAUUGUAACAUCUAGAACCUUACUUCGUGUGAAAGAGGUUGUGGAACUAAUCAAGAGACAUGUAGUAGAGGUUGGUCACAUUGGUGUAGUGGAUUACGAUUAUAUUUUAGUUGAUUUCACAAAUAUGGUAAGCGUACUGAAUGCAUACUAUGAAUUAAACAAAACAUAUAAAGAAAUCCAUUAUUUUUUUGUUAACGCUGCACAAGGGGUCUAUGAUGGUAUUGAUUGGAUUGGUGCCGUGAAAGAAGUCAUCUCAAAUCCAUUAGAAGCGGUUACUAACCCAACAUACAAAAUACAAAGAAUUGGUGUCAAAUCAAAAGAUGGCAUGGGAUUAGUUUUCCAGGCGAAUGUAUUUGGUCCAUAUUAUCUAAUUCAAAAACUUUUGCCCUUAUUGAAAGCAGGUAAUGGAACUAUAGUCUGGAUUUCUAGUGUAAUGUCCGCGCCCAAAUAUUUGUCAUUGCAAGAUAUUGAAUUAUUGAAGACUGAUGCAUCCUAUGAAGGUUCGAAGAGAUUAGUGGACCUAUUGCAUUUAGCAACAUAUGAGGAAAGGAAAAAGCUGGGAAUUCACCAAUAUGUUGUACAACCUGGUAUCUUUACUAGUCAUUCCUUCUUCAAAUAUCUGAAUUUCGUAACUUUUUAUGGGAUGCUACUUUUAUUUUACAUUGCAAGAUUACUAGGGUCAAAUUGGCACAAUAUUGAUGGAUACAAGGCGGCAAAUGCUCCUGUUUAUGCUGCUCUAAUGACUAAUCCCGAAUUUAAAGAUGAAAAUUUGAAAUUUGGGUCUGCUACCACUAGGGGAGGUUCGGAAUAUAUUAAAACUCAGGAUAUUAUUCCAGAUAAUGCCAAUGAAGUGUACCGUUAUAUAAAAGCUAAAGAACAGGAGUGGAACGUUAAAUUAAAGGAUCAGAUUGUAAAUACUAGAAUUCCUAUGUAA